CGGGCGGCGCGCGAGCAGCACUGCAUCACAGCGUUCAGUGAAGAGAGCCGAAUGGGACCAGAAACCGAGGCCGUGUUUUUGUCCCCCCUCUCCCGUUAAAGUGCGCGUGAGAGCAACAUGGAGACGUCCCUGACGUCGACCCCUCACUCGGUGAACCGGUGGCAGCUCAGCGGGACCGGCUGUGACCGCGGCCUGCGGGCCGGGACCCGCUUCAGCACGUGGACCCCCCUGAACAACCGGGCCGGCAACCUGCAGUUAUUUGAGGAGAGGACGACCCUCGUGCUGCACUGGUUUGACCUGUGGACCGACGGGCAGAGGAAACACCUGCUGCGCUCUCUGCUCACGCGCUGCAGCAAGCCACAGCUCAAGUACUGCAAGGAUUUGCUCGUCGAGGCGGUUCCUGUGACGCGAGUGGACUUCACGUCGGUGCUGCCGCGCUUCCUGUCCCUGUAUGUGAUGUCGUUCCUGUCCCCUCUGGACCUCUCCGCCGCUGCCCGAGUCAGCUGGCACUGGAGGGUCCUUGCCGAGCAGGACUGCCUCUGGGCCGGCCGCUGCAUCUCGAGAGGCUGGUUCCUUCCCUACACUCCCGCGGAGAAGGAGUCCGGAGCGUGGAAGAACCACUACGUGUCCUGCGUCGCCACGCUGGACCGGCUCACCCCCAGGGAGGCGGCCGAGCGGUACGGGACCCUCAACCAGCGAAGCGUGGGGGAGGCGGAGGAGGAGGAGGAGAGGAGGAAGGAGAGGAGGAUCAGACAGAUGCUCAGAGACAAACUCCAGGAGGAGAAGAAACACGCUCUGAGAACCAGGAAAGCCUGGGGCAGCUCCACAAAGCCACGAGGAGCCAGAGGUGGAGGGACUCAGACGGGGAGGCCCGGCUCUGGAAUAACAUCCAGCUCUUGGCCCUCUCUCUCCUGGCCUCCCAGGACCGCCGGGUCUCCCAGCGUCUGCCUCAGCCUAGACAGGGGACCGCCCACGACUGCAGCCCGGAGCCUGGAGGGAGUCCAGGCCUCCAGACCGAGCAAAGCCAGAGGAGCGCUGUCCUCCUUCACCAGCAGAUCUCCGCUGGUCUCCGUGACCCCUCCUGCCCUCUUACUGCUGAUCUCCAGCAGAAUUCCUGCCUAUGAACUGGUGCUGAGUGGCGUGAAGGAUGGAGUGGUUGUGGUUCUGUACGACCACAGGGGGACUCUCUCGGCUCUGUUAACCCAGGUGGCGAGGACUAUGUCUGGGCAGAGAGCUCAGAGGCUGGGCCUGCUCGCUCCAGGAGGGACGGAGGAAAUCCAUCUGCUGCGUGGUUGUAGCCUGUCAGAGAGGACCCUGCUGACCCCCGACCACAGGGAAUUCUGGGAAAAGAUGUGUGGCUGGGUGGCACCGACUGUGGAAGGAGGAGGGAUCGACAUCUUCUGCCCGCUGGCUGCAGCUGGUAGACACAGAUCAUCGGGACUCGCUCUCAUGCAGACUCUCUCUACUCUGACGGGUCUGCAGGUUCUGGCGCCGAUGGGUUUUGCCACCGGAAGUUUCCAGAACAUCCUCGGCGAGUGGUCUGACGGCCGUGUGUGCACCGGACUCUCGGAGCAGCGAGCAGCCUCCCCGGCACUGCGCUUUGUGUGUGAGGACGCGCUGCUGGGCUGGUGCAGACAGGCCCAGUGGAUGGAGGAGGCUCUGGGGCAGCUGAGGGGCAGCUGGGGGCCACAGCUCCACGGCGUCAGCCUCCAGGCCAGGGGCCGGGCGCUGGGUCAUUUUCUGUGGGAGAAAAUCCGCCUCGAGGAGCUUUGUGUGUCCAAAGAACUGACCGAGGCUCUGACUGAGGGACUCAGUGCCCUCACUCGACAGGGAGAGACCAGACCUCUGGAGUUUCUUGCUGUCUUCCUGACAAGAUGGAGUGAAAAGAAGGAGGGAGGAGGAGAGAGUAGUGGAGAGGAAAGGGGGAGAAACAAAGGCCAUGAUUCCUCUUUGGCACCACUCGGCCUGAUAUCUGAGCAACCGCAGAUGCUGUUUGAUUGGAGAGGAGCAGCUGCCAGAGAGCUCCACCACAGCGAGUGUCUUUAUCUGGGGAGACUGGGCGCCGUGCUGAAGGUCUACCAGGAGCCUCUUACGGCAGCUCUCAACUCCAACCGAGCCAUCCUCAGCUACGCCGACAUCCACCUCGUCCUCAGCCCUGUCACACAACUGCUGGAGCUCAACAGGUACACACACACACACACACAUCUGUACGACGCUGUCUUGUUUGUCAUGAUAUCUGUGCGUGGUGUUUGCUUCAGGGGCUUUCAGGCGGAUUUACACGGCCGCCUGCAGCGGUGGGGUGCAGAGCAGUGUGUCGGGGACGUGCUCGUAGAGCUGUGCUCAAAGCUCAGAGUCUACACCAACUACCUCAACAACUACACCACCGCCCUGCGCACCGUCGACAAGUGCAGGGAGACGAAGCCUCCGUUCCGGGCAUUCCUGAAGAGGGCAGACAGAACUCUGGCCACACACAUGCUGAGCCUGCAGGAGCUGCUGCUGUGUCCGGUGUGGAGAAUACAGGAGUACGUGACUCUGCUUCAGGCGUUGUCUUCACACACACACAGCGGCCACCCCGACCACACACACCUGUGCUCGGCCCUCGACACCCUGCUGGGGUUCAGAGAGUUCAUACAGAAGUUGAAGCGAAACUCAGAGAGAGACGGGCGGAUGGAGGAGACGCAGAAGAUGAUCCAAGGCUGUCCGAGCCUCAGUGAAGGAAACAGGCAGCUGAUAAUAACACAGGAUGCUGCUUUGCUCAUGAGCCCCGAUGAAAAGAUUCCUGAAUCACUCAGGAUCUACGAGCAGGUGUCCGACGCGGGCCUCUUCCUGUUCAACGACGCGCUGGUGUUGACGCGGCGCAGCGUGCAGCACACGCCGUUCUCGCUGGCCCACCGGAGCACGCACACCUUCCUGGCCUCCGUGGCCCUCGGCAGCCUGGCUGUCAGGGAGAUCAGGCACACGCGCUACGUGCGUCACGCUUUUGUCCUGGAGGGUCCGCGUCGCUCUUGGGUCUGCGCCACGGAGAGAGGCGAGGAGAGAGAGCACUUCCUGUGCGUGCUGCGUUCAGCCAUGAGCGCCGCUCUGACGGGACGCCCGUGACGAGGAGGCGUGGCCUUUUUAAUAUGGUACGUUUUUAAACGGCGUUUACCUUUCCGCCCCACGCAUGACGUAAACACGCAGCCGCGUGUCAGCGUCUCACUUCCUCCUUAAAGUGUUCGGACUGGACUUUGCCCUUUGUGUUGUCUUUUGUGUUAAACUCUCUACACACCUGCUGUACACUGAGCAUAUUGUGUCAUCACAUCAUUAUCAUGCAUUACACCAGCAACAUUAGCAAUCAAUCAUUUAAAUGUCUUAUUUUAGUAAAUAUUAUCAACCGUCAUGGUACCCUGUCAUAUUAAUGUGUAAUGUUUCUUAUUGUAUCCACUUGUGUUUCAAAAUGACUCAAAUACCAAGUUUUCAGUGUUAAUAUAAACCUUUUUCAAAUUGA